UGAGCCCCAGCGCUCAGGCAUGGCGCGCGGCUGCCUCCAGGGCGUCAAGUACCUCAUGUUCGCCUUCAACCUGCUCUUCUGGCUGGGAGGAUGCGGCAUCCUGGGGGUGGGCAUCUGGCUGGCCGCCACGCAGGGGAACUUCGCCACCCUGUCCUCCUCCUUCCCGUCCCUGUCGGCCGCCAACCUGCUCAUCGUCACCGGCACCUUCAUCAUGGCCAUCGGCUUCGUGGGCUGCAUUGGGGCCAUCAAGGAGAACAAGUGCCUCCUGCUCACCUUCUUCGUGUUGCUGCUGCUGGUGUUCCUGCUGGAGGUCACUGUCACCGUCCUCUUCUUCGCCUACACCGACAAGAUCGACAGGUAUGCGCAGCGCGAUCUGAAGAAGGGCCUGCACCUGUACGGCACCCCGGGCAAUGUGGGGCUCACCAACGCCUGGAGCAUCAUCCAGACCGACUUCCGCUGCUGCGGUGUCUCCAACUACACGGACUGGUUCGAGGUGUACAAUGCCACGCGCGUGCCCGACUCCUGCUGCCUGGAGUUCAGUGAGAGCUGCGGGCUGCAUGCCCCCGGCACCUGGUGGAAGGCGCCGUGCUACGAGACGGUGAAGAUGUGGCUCCAGGAGAACCUGCUGGCCGUGGGCGUCUUUGGGCUGUGCACGGCGCUGGUGCAGAUCUUGGGCCUGACGUUCGCGAUGACCAUGUACUGCCAGGUGGUGAAGGCCGACACCUACUGCGCGUAGGCUGCCCUGCCUGCCGCCUGCUUCGCUGCCAAAGGAUGUCCCCCACCGGGGAGAUGACCUCGUGCCCGAGGGGCAGCUGGCGCCUUCUGUGUCCACCCACACAGUCUCCAGAGCAGCUUUCCCGGACCCGACACAGGGCUGGGUGGGGAGGGCCUCCUGCGCCCGGUGCUUGGGCGGGCGGAGCCCGUCAUCACAUUCCAUGUGGGGCAGGGCAGGCUCCUGGUGCAGCUAAUAAAGUGCGUGGGCAGCAGCCCCCCGUUUGUCA